GGGCGCAGAAUGAAAGCGGAGCGAGUCCGUGUUAGUAAAUAAAUACAAGCAGACUGAAGACGGAAUAAAAGAGCGCUGACACAAAAAGCGGAAUAAAAGCAGCACUGACACACACAUUCAAGCACUGGCGGGCGGUUUUGCUGACUCCGCCGAUGGAUGAUGAGGAAGACGAACAGCUUCCUCACUGCUGUGAAACACCGCUAAGAAACAAGAGCUCAGAGAACAGAGACGGCCCACGAGGAGAGGUGGGACAAACGGCUAACAGACACGGACGCUUUGAAGACAGAUCGACGCAGACUGCCAGAACUGUGCUGAAUUCAGCGAGAGAUGGAGAUAUGGCACCAUUCCAGGGUUUAGAGAGAGAUGCAUCAUCUCCCUGCGGAGCUGUGGAUCCCAGGACUGCAUUUGGGGCUAACUGUGGAACUGGGGGCCUCGUGUCACUUACUAUGGCCCCUGGGGCCCCAGAAGGGCCAAGAGCACUUUUUCAUGGAAAUGCUGUAUUUCGUUCACACUUCCCCGCAUUGUUCGAACCCGUCCCGGAUGGCACACAAAACGCAGAAGAGGACGGAGGGACACCAGAAGAAAAGGAAGACGAACGUGACGUGGGAAUUAGCGUGGAGAUUCAGAUUGGACGUAAACUGCGCGAAAUGGGGGAUCAGUUUCAGCAGGAACAUCUUCAGCUGUUCACUCAAAGGGGCCAGAUGGGUUUGUUCCAGCUAGUGACGACACUCUAUAACUUCCUUUUUCCUCAAGAAAGACCCCAAAAUGCAAGAGCCCAGAGAUGAGAGGCCACGGCGCACCAGUUCAGGACCCAAAUGAGUUUUACACAGCACUGUAAGAUGCGCAGAUCUGGAUUGACAUGGCUCAAAAAGAAGGUUGCCGCUGGUCGGAGACUUCCCUCCUUUUUCUGAAGAAGCCAUUCUAAAAAUGGAGCGUUUGAGGAAAUUUUCUGCAGGUUGCAUAUCAAUAUGAAGAUAUUAAUAUUCUGCCUUAUGUUUCCCCAACACGUUCACAUAUGAGCGGAUCUCAGCGCCUUAAUAAAACCCUUAGAAAAUGAAAGAACUGCUUUAAUAGGCAACAAGCUGUGAGAAUACUCAAGGUCAACAGCAUUUGAGCAUUUGUGCUGACUUCAAUACACCUACUGAACUCCCGACGCAUCCCAGAACAGCCUCUUCAUCUUUCUCUGCUGGUGUAUCACGGUUUAUGCUUCAUUCACUGCUGUUAACAGUGUUAUUUGGACAGAGUUGAAAGACAGAACGGAUGUGACAUCAUAGAGGACCGACACAGAACUGAAACAGCUUUGUUCAAAUGCAGAAAAACAACUUGAACAUCAGGUUUUAAUACCUGUAUAACAAUAAUGAGCCAUUUCUGAGAACACGUUGUCAAAUAUGAAUUUUGUGAUUUUAAAAGGGUCAUUUUUUCUUAUUAAGGGAGAAUGUACCAUAAAAUUAUUUACAACAAUUUUACCCUUCUGAAAUAUUAGUUUGCCUUAAUGGAUUCUACUGUUCUGCUGUCAUACAUUUACAUAAUGACAUGAUUUCUCUCAGCACUGAAGUAUUACUUGAGAUAUCAGUGUUUAAAGCAUCUCUUCAGUAAUUGGUGACAUUCAAAAUGUGCUCAAAGAGCAAUACACCAAAUCAUAUUUUACAGUACAACUCAAGCGAUAAAUGCAAUCAAUAAUAUCUAAUCUAAUCUACAAGUCACCACAUAAGAACCUAUUAAAGUUCUAGUAAGAGUUGUGUUGGUAUAUAUAUGUCAAUCAGUAGUUAUUAUACAGAGGUUUUUAUUACUGUAAAUGUCUUAAGAGGGAAAGUGUCCUCUGCAUAGCGUAAAUAUGCUUUAAUUAAAGGGUCAGUUCGCACAGAAAUUAAUAUUAUGUAAUCUGUUACUCACCCUCAUGUCAUUCCGAAUAUUCAUGUGUUAUUUUCUUUCUUCCAUGCAAAAAAGUUUAUGGUUUUCGUUAGGGUAGCGCCAUGUUUAAUUUUGGCGGGAAUGAAAACGAAGCAGUGAGGGAUAUAAAAGUAGUAACGAAACAAAUACAAACAUUGCAAUUUGAUUUAGGACAUUUUAUACAGUACAUGCUAUCUAAAAACUGUCCAUUCCUCAGACUCGUUUUCAGCUGCAUCAAAUUAUAAAUGGCGUCUGUCCAAGUUUGUAAACGAUGGCAGAAUUCACAUUUUUAACGUGAACUGUCCCUUUAAGAAUGAGGACGAUAAUGAACUCGUCCAAUGAGGCGGCCAGAUCGCAUCACGUGACUGGCUAAUGAUCUGGCGAUUCUGAUAUGAAUAUUUAAGUUUGUAUAGAUAUGCGAUAAAGCGGGGUGUGCCUCAAAUGCUUGUGUAUUGGUAACGAUGACACUUGCAGACAAUCAAACAGCUGAAGGUGCCUUAGAACAGCAGGCCAACAAUGAAGGUUUGGGCUUCAGUCACAGCACCCAAACAUGUGGAUUAUAGAUCAUAAACGAACACGUAUCGCAGCCGGGUGAAUAAAUACCUCCAGCUAAACAACAGGGAGCUCAAACAGACUGUCAAAGAGAAUCUGAAGUGAUGAUUUGCAGGAACAGGCUGCUGCUGCCUCAUUCAUCUGAAAUGCCCUUUCAAAUGCACUUGUCUCAGAAAGUCGUCAAAGAAGUAAAACUGUCGAGCUGUUUUUACUUUGUUUGGAAUGUGCACGGGACGUUACUGCUGGUUGUUUUUUAAUUUUG